AUGGCGCGUAAUGAGGAGAAAGCGCAGUCGAUGCUCAACAGGUUCGUCACCAUGAAAGAAUCGGAGAACAAGAAGCCCAGGGAGCGUCGACCUUACCUCGCCUCUGAAUGCCGCGAUCUCUCGGAGGCAGACAGAUGGAGGCAGCAAAUCCUGCGAGAGAUCGGUAAAAAGGUGCAGGACAUUCAGAACGAAGGAUUGGACGAGCACCGACUCCGAGAUCUGAACGACGAGAUCAACAAGCUUCUCAGGGAGAAGUAUCACUGGGAGCGGCGAAUCGUGGAGCUAGGCGGUCAGAACCACACGAAACACGGGGCGAAGAUGACGGAUCUGGACGGAAACAUCAUCGACGUCCCGAACCCUAGCGGCCGUGGUCCUGGGUAUCGCUAUUUCGGCGCCGCCAAGAGACUUCCGGGAGUGAGAGAGCUCUUCGAGAAACCUCCGGAGCUGAGGAAGCGGAGAACGAGGUACGAUAUAUACAAGAGGAUAGACUCUAGCUAUUACGGGUAUAGAGACGAGGAAGACGGGAUAUUGGAGAAUUUGGAGAAGAAUUCGGAAGGAGGGAUUAGGAAGGUGUCGUUGGAUGAGUGGCGGAGAUUGGAUGAGGUUAGGAGGGAGGCGAGGAAAGGGGCUGCGGAGGUUGUGAGCGUAGGAGCUGCAGCUGCGGCUGCGAAGGAGGUGUUGUUUGAGGAGGAGGAGGAUGUGGUGGAGGAGGAGAGGAUGGAGAAGGAGAGAGAGGAGGAGAAGGUGAGGGAGUUUGUGGUGCACGUUCCGUUGCCUGACGAGAAGGAGAUUGAGAAGAUGGUGUUGGAGAAGAAGAAGAUGGAUCUGCUUAGUAUGUAUGCUAGUGAAGAUUUGGUUGAGCAGCAGAGUGAGGCUAAAGCCAUGCUCAAUAUCCAGAGAUAG